AUGUCCAGCGAUGAUCACGACAGCAACGACGCCAAGCGAUACCCGUCCCCGCCUCUCUCUCACGGCUCUUUCGACUCGGACGCAGACGAGCUACGAGCGCUAGAGCUAUCUGACGGUCCUAGAUCUGCGGGAGGACCGAGAAGAGGCGGGCGCGGGCGCUCAUUUUCGCUCUCGGGCUUUGGCUUCGAAAACGACCUGUUGCCGCUCACUGCCAGUCUGGAUGCAUCCGAGGAAGUGAGGACACCCGGAGCAGAGAAGAGUAUUAGUCUAUUGAAUGGUGUCGCGCUGGUCGUUGGACUCCAAAUAGGAUCAGGCAUAUUCUCUUCUCCAGGUGUCGUCAUAGCCAACACCGAAACGGUCGGGGCGAGCCUCGUAGUAUGGGCUCUGGCCGGUAUCCUAGGUUGGACAGGCGCAAGCUCCUUCGCCGAACUAGGAUCCGCAAUACCUCUCAACGGCGGUGCACAAGCGUAUCUUGCAUACGCAUACGGACCUCUUACCUCAUACCUCUUCGCAUGGACAGCAAUAUCUGCACUCAAGCCUGGAUCCAACGCUGUUAUAGCACUCAUCUUCGCCGAGUACUUGAACAGGCUAUUCUGGCACGCCACACAGAGCGAGGAUGCGAACCCGGAUGCCAUACCGGAGUGGGCGACACAGCUCACGGCUAUCAUUGCCAUUGCCAUCAUCACGUCGGUCUGCGUCCUCGCACGCAGUCUCGGCACACGCCUCGCCGUCGUGUUCACGACCGUCAAGAUCGCAUCACUCGUCCUCAUCAUCGUACUUGGAAUCGUGCAGUAUGCGCGCGGACAUGCUAGCGCCUCGCUCAGUGGGGACAUUUUCGCUGGCAGCAGUACCAGUCCGAGUAGCUAUGCCCUCGCAUUAUACUCGGGUCUAUGGGCUUUCGACGGAUGGGACCAAGCGAACUAUGUCGGGGGCGAGAUGAAGAAUCCGGAGAAGAACAUUCCCCGCGCGAUUCACUCGAGCAUGGUGCUUGUCGUUAUCCUCUUCGUCGCGGCCAACUUGUCGUACUUCGUGGUCCUAGAUAAGAGCAUUGUGGCGAGUAGCAAUACCGUUGCUCUUGACUUCGGUCGCGCCAUCUGGGGACCUCUGGGGGGUUCGCUCUUCGCAGGAAUGGUUGCGUUCUCUUGCUUCGGCGCCCUCAACGGCUCGUUCUUCACGACUGGCCGCCUCAUCUACAUGGCCGGCAAAGAAGGCUACCUUCCAGCGCUCUUCGGCAAACUACACUCAACCCGCCGAACGCCCUUGAACGCCAUGCUCCUCCAAGCCUUCCUCACCUCUUUCUUCGUCCUCGUCGGCGGCGGCUUCCGCUCCCUCAUCAACUUCGCCGUCGUCGCCUCCUGGGCGUUCUACUUCCUCACCGUGCUCGGGCUCGUCAUUUUGAGGUUCAAAGAGCCCGGACUGUCGAGACCGUACAAGACGUGGAUCACGACACCGUUGAUAUUCUGUGGCGUGGCACUGUUCCUGUUGUACAUGCCCGUGGUGGCAGCGCCCAUACAAGCGCUCGCUGUUUUGGGUUUCGUCCUGGCAGGGAUACCGAUGUACUACAUCACACAGCGCCCAACGUCGUUACCCUUGCCAUCAUGGAUGGCGGGCUGGAUGGAUAAGUUACGCGGCCGGCCGGCAGCGCCUGCAGGCUUCGGGUGGGAAGCUGUUGCGACGGGUGAUGAGGUCGAGAUGGCGGAGGGUCGCCAUGGUCGAUGA